AGAUUGACCUGUUGGCUGCCGGGCGCCGGCGCAUUUCAGCAUUUGUUGUGCCGCGUUCGGUCCAAUACGGCUUACGAUUUAAAAUAAAAUAAUGUAUUAUAAUAAUAUUAUAAUAUUAUGAUAAUAGUAAAAUAACAUUUUGUAUUUCUCUGCUGUGAGUGUGCAGGUGAUCGUCGUUCGCGAAUGAACGAUUUCAUAUUUUUCGGUUUUUUGUUUACCGCUCGAAACGCGACAAAUUUAUAUUGAUAUUAUAUCAUUAUAGUAGUUAUUUGUGGUCCAGAGGAAAUCGUUAAGAGUGACGCACUGCCAAUCUGUGGAUUUUCACCGAGUCAAAACCGUCUGAAGAGGACUUUUCGUGUACUAUUAUAGGUGAAGUCUUCCGCCCGCCGCCGACUCGUUUAGUGCUCGUCGCGUCAUGAUGCCGGUAAGACUGCAGUGGGGCCGACUUUUGGGCCGCGGCCAUUUGCGGCGGACGUGCGUCCCGUUGGUCUGCAACGGCCAGAGUCAACAGGUCCGACGUCGCACCGAGUCUAAGGUGGUCCGUUCACCGUUUUCCGACGUUCAGAUCCCGGAAAAUUUGAUAGACGAAUACGUGUGGAGCGGACUGGAGAGGUGGCCGGACAGAGACGCACUGGUGUGCGGAGUGACCGACAGGAAAUUCACAUACCACGAGACGAGGUUGGCGUGCAAGAGAUUUGCGGCCAGCCUGAAGAAGAGAGGUGCGACGACGGGCCAAGUAUUGGCCGUGCUGUUGCCAAAUGUUCCAGAGUUCGCCGUGACCGCGCUGGGUGCCAUCGAAGCCGGUCUGGUCGUGACCACGAUCAAUCCCGUCUACACGCCAUUCGAAAUCGCCCACCAGUUUAAGGACGCCGGUGCAGUCGGGGUGGUGACGAUUCCUGAAUUGUUGCCCAAAGUCUUUGAAGCACAGAAGCUGAUGGACGGGCCCGGCGUGAAACCGCUGUACGUCAUAUCCGUAAACGGCAAAGGCGAUAGACCCAGCGGCGCAUGGGACUUUGACGAGAUGCUCGAUCCGAUGGUGGACACUUCCGUUCUGAAAAAGUGCCGAUCGAAUGCCGACGUGGCCUUUAUGCCGUACUCGAGCGGCACGACCGGUCUGUCCAAAGGCGUGUCGCUGUCGCACCGGAACCUCGUGGCCAACAUCACGCAGACGAACCAUCCGGAAGUCAAUCACUUUUCGGACACGACAGCGACUUAUCAAGAUGUGUUGCCGGCUAUUUUACCCUUUUACCAUAUUUAUGGUCUGACAAUGAUUCUUCUGAGAGGGCUGAGUUAUGGAUGUAAAUUGGUGACAUUGCCCAAACUCGAAUCUGAUUUAUUUUUGAACAUACUUAAAAACUACAAGGCGACUUUAUUGUACGUAGUACCACCAAUGGUGCUGUUGUUGGGUCAACAUAAAAACGUCACACAUGAACACUUUCAAAGUUUGAAAAUUAUUUGUAAUGGCGCUGGUCCUGUGAAAGAAGCAGAUGCCGAAAAAGUAAUUGCCAGAACCCAAAACAAAAAUGUACGUUUUUGUCAAGCGUACGGGAUGACAGAAGCAUCGCCAGCCGUGUUCGUGUCCAGAAAUUCCUCGUUGGUCGAUUACUUGACCGUCGGUCCGCCCAUAUCAAACACCAAGGCCAAAGUCGUCGAUCCCACGGACGACACGAUUGAAUACGGUCCGGGCGAGGUCGGAGAAAUUCAGGUCCACGGGCCACAGGUGAUGAUGGGUUACCACAACAACCCCGAAGCCACGGCCAACACUGUAAGUCCGGACGGAUGGCUGAGAACUGGUGACAUCGGUUACUAUAACGAUCAAAAAGAAUUCUUCAUAGUCGAUCGUAUUAAGGAGUUGAUCAAAGUCCAAGGAUACCAGGUCCCACCGGCCGAGCUGGAAGGACUUCUCAGGACCCAUCCGGCCGUGCUGGACGCGGCUGUCAUUGGCGUGCCACACGACAGGACUGGCGAGGCGCCGCUGGCGUACGUCGUACUCGACCCGGACAGGCCGGCCGCCAGCGAGGCAGACGUGAAGGCGUUCGUGGCGGAACGAGUGGCGCCGUAUAAGCAGAUCUCUGCUGGCGUCCGGUUCGUGGAAUCGCUGCCGAAGAGCGCGGCCGGCAAGAUCUUGCGGCGGGUACUUAAGGAGGAGUACGAAAACAACGAGGGCGCCAAGUGAUGAUCACCAGAAGUCGCGUGGUCUCACGAUUUCAACGAUCAAUAACGAUGUACCUAAAAUAAUAUUGUCAUAGGUAAUGUGGAGUACGGUUAGGUUAAAUAUGACGGGAAAACGUUCAUCGUUUGGCUCAACUAUCACGUCGUAUGGUGGUACGAAUCGCUCAAACGAAUAAUAUAUAUUUUAACUGUUAUUAUUAUUAUUAUUAUUAUUAUAGUACGAAUUACUGAUACGAGACUGCAACAAGUGGUAGUAGUUGUUCUUGUUGUUUUUAUUUAUCUUAUCAACCGUUAAAGCACCGUUUACCGUCACAUAUUAUAUAUUUUAUAUUGUCACAUAAAUAUAUUAUAUUAUUAAAAAGUAA